CUGAAGAAAAUGUGUUUAAACAUGUCUCUGCCAUCAGUGGAUGGCUGCAGACAAGUUCUCUCAGUAAUAGGCUUGUCUUAGGGUGCCUUCAAAAAAAGGGAUACUUUUUAUGCCAUGGAAAAAAAUGAUUUUGAGAUCAGGGCUAAUAUCAGAUUUUUAAUAAAACCUAAGUAGACAUAUCCGAAAUCACUGAAGCUUUGCAACAAGUUUAUGGAAAUGCUACCUCAUGUAAAACAAGUGUUUAGAUGGAUCAAGCAUUUUAAGGAAGGUGAGGAAGAUCUCAGAGAUGAGCCAAGUGAGGGAAGACUGCUCAGAAGGUUAUGGCAACAAUUUUUUGGGAUUCGUAAGGGUUAAUCUUGAUAGAUUUUCUUGAAGGACACAGAACAAUCACAAGGCUUAUUAUGAAGAAGGUUUCAGAAAAUUGAAAAUUGCAUUGGUGAGAGAAAGGCCAGGAAAGUUGUACCAAGGAAUUUUUUUCCAUCAGGACAGUGCACCUGCUCAUUGUUUGAGGGCAGCAAGGGCUGUCACAUGAGAAUGGUGUUAAGAAACCUUACCUCAUCCACCCUGCAGCCUGAUCUUGGCCCUUUAGACUUUUUUGUUCUCAAAACUCAAAGAACAUUUAAAAGGAACACGAUUUGAAUCCCUCGAUGAUGCUAAAACUGCCGUUUUGACAUGGUGUAAAUCGAAGAGCACAGAAUUCCUUGGGGAAAGGUGCAUGCCCCACUAAAACAGCAUCCUACAAGACAGAUUGGGAUAAAAUGAGAUUAUCAGCAAGGAGACCGAGUAAAAACCUAUAUCCAGAAAACUGGUGAUUUAUUUGCUAUCAAAGUAUUUAAUAAUAUAAGCUUCCUCCGACCAGUGGAUGUUCAAAUGAGAGAAUUUGAAGUGUUAAAAAAACUCAAUCACAAAAAUAUUGUUAAAUUAUUUGCUAUUGAAGAAGAGUCAACCACAAGACAUAAAGUACUUAUUAUGGAAUUUUGUCCAUGUGGGAGUCUAUAUACUGUUUUAGAAGAGCCAUCUAAUGCCUAUGGGCUGCCAGAGUCUGAAUUUUUAAUUGUUUUGCGAGAUGUGGUGGGUGGAAUGAAUCAUCUCCGAGAGAACGGCAUAAUCCACCGUGAUAUCAAGCCAGGAAAUAUCAUGCGUGUUAUAGGGGAAGAUGGACAGUCUGUGUAUAAACUCACAGAUUUUGGUGCAGCUAGAGAAUUAGAAGAUGAUGAGCAGUUUGUUUCUCUGUAUGGCACAGAAGAAUAUUUGCAUCCUGAUAUGUAUGAAAGAGCAGUGUUAAGAAAAGAUCACCAAAAGAAAUACGGAGCAACAGUUGAUCUUUGGAGCAUUGGGGUAACAUUUUACCAUGCAGCUACUGGAUCACUGCCAUUUAGACCAUUUGAAGGGCCUCGUAGAAAUAAGGAAGUGAUGUAUAAAAUAAUUACUGGAAAGCCUUCUGGUGCAAUAUCUGGAGUACAGAAAGCGGAAAAUGGACCAAUUGACUGGAGUGGAGACAUGCCUGUCUCUUGUAGUCUUUCUAGGGGUCUGCAAGUUCUACUUACCCCUGUUCUUGCAAACAUCCUUGAGGCAGAUCAGGAAAAAUGUUGGGGUUUUGAUCAGUUUUUUGCAGAAACUAGUGAUAUACUUCACCGAAUGAUAAUUCAUGUUUUUUCACUACAACAAAUGACAGCUCAUAAGAUUUAUAUUCACAGCUAUAAUACUGCUACUGUAUUUCAUGAACUGGUAUAUAAACAAACCAAAAUUAUUUCUUCAAAUCAAGAACUUAUCUAUGAAGGACGACGCUUAGUUCUAGAGCCUGGAAGACUGGCACAACAUUUCCCUAAAACAACGGAGGAAAAUCCUAUCUUUGUAGUAAGCCUGGAACCUCUGAGCACCAUAGGAUUAAUGUUUGAAAAAAUUUCUCUUCCUAAAGUGCAUCCACGUUAUGAUUUAGAUGGGGAUGCUAGCAUGGCUAAGGCAGUUACAGGAGUUGUGUGUUAUGCCUGUAGAAUCACCAGUACUCUACUGCUUUACCAGGAAUUAACGCGAAAGGGAGUACGAUGGUUGAUUGAAUUAAUUAAAGAUGACUAUAAUGAAGCUGUUCACAAAAAGACAGAAGUUGUGAUCACAUUGGAAUUCUGCAUCAGAAACAUUGAAAAAACUGUAAAAAUAUAUGAAAAGUUGAUGCAGAUCAACUUAGAAGCAACAGAGUUAGGUGAAAUUUCAGAUAUACACACCAAAUUGUUGAGACUUUCCAGUUCUCAGGGAACAAUAGAAACCAAUCUUCAGGAUAUCGGAAGCAAAUUGUCUCCAGGUGGAUUGCUGGCAGAUACAUGGGCACAUCAAGAGGGCACUCAUCCCAGAGAUAGAAAUGUAGAAAGGCUACAAGUCCUGUUAAAUUGCAUCACAGAGAUUUACUAUCAGUUCAAAAAAGACAAAGCAGAACGUAGGCUAGCUUAUAAUGAAGAACAAAUUCACAAAUUUGAUAAGCAAAAACUGUAUUACCAUGCAACAAAAGCUAUGACCCACUUUGCAGAUGAGUGUGUUAAAAAGUAUGAUGCAUUUUUGAAUAAGUCAGAAGAAUGGAUGAGAAAGAUGCUUCAUCUAAGGAAACAGUUGUUAUCUCUAACUAAUCAGUGUUUUGAUAUUGAAGAAGAAGUAUCAAAGUAUCAAGACUACACUAAUGAGUUACAAGAAACUUUGCCUCAGAAAAUGUUUGCAGCCUCCAGUGGAAUCAAACAUACCAUGACCCCAGUCUAUCCAAGUUCUAACACAUUAGUGGAAAUGACUCUUGGUAUGAAGAAAUUAAAGGAAGAGAUGGAAGGUGUGGUUAAAGAACUUGCUGAAAAUAAUCAUAUUUUAGAAAGGUUUGGCUCUUUGACCAUGGAUGGUGGCCUUCGCAAUGUUGACUGUAUUUAGUUUUCUAAGAAGUUUGAGAAAAGUUUCCAUUUGCACAAGAAAAUAAUGCUAGGGCAUUAAAUGAAUGCCUCUGUCAGUGGUCUCUGGUUUCUACAAUUCAAUACUUGAUGUGGGAAUGUAAAUAUGUACUAUAUUGUAAAUACAUAAAAAAUAUAUUGAUUUUUGGCUGCUGUUAAAAUGUAAUUUUACCUUUUAACAUUUAUAAUUAUAUGAGAAAAUUUGACCUCAGUGAGCAGUAGAAGAAAGCCAUGACCAAUAUAUUGAGAUACUGAUUUCUGACUGCCUAUGGAGAACAUUUUUAAGUGGAGCCAAAAUUGGCAUCUUUACAAAUCAGAGAAGACUGACAAAUUGAUAUUGUUUGUAAAUGGUAGAAUGGAGAAGUGGCUUUUGUGAAUGAGGAACAGAACCAAACCACUGUUUUACUAGGAUCACAGUUUUUUUGAGAAGAAUAAAACGGCAUUACUUCAUUUUACAAGGUGCCCAGACCCCCAGGUAUCCUUGUAUCUGUUUAAUUUCAGGUGAUGAAUUAUUGAGCAAAAUUUUUAAUGUGAUUUAAUUACUAAAAACCAUUUUUUCUUUUGGCCUUAAACGUAUAAUUGUCAUAAAAAUUUUAGGGUCAUUUCACCUGUUUUAAGCUGUAUAUUUUUUCUUUAUUUUAAUUCUGCUUACUACUUCAUGAAAAAAUAUCAAUAAAUUUCUUGAUUUUAAUGUAAAGAGUUUGUGUGUAUCUGUACACAGUUUAAGAAACAGAAGUUAUCUUUUGAAAUAAAUAGUAUGGGUGAUGAUGGUAAAUUAUUCUCAGAUAUUGGCUCUAGGGGCAAUUUUAUGUCUUUUAUAAACCCAAUGAUUACAAGUUUAGUAAAAGUUCUUUUGUAAGUUUAUGCGAUACAGAUUCAAAGGGUACAUUCUGUUUAAAAAACCUACCCAGAGUUCAGACUAAAGGAUUGUGCUCAGCAAAAAAUUAUUUCAUCUACCUAGGGUUUUCAUUUGUUUUUGUUUUGGUUUCUGGUUUAUCAGACUAUUGAAGUGUGAUUAUGUACAAUGCGUGUGUCAUAAACUACCAUGUCCUAGAGAGUAAGUACAUUUGACUACCAUGGACAUCAGAAAAUAAAUUGCUUUAAAAACUGAAAAUGAAUUAAGGUUUUAUUUGAGAUAGUUGGUGCAUUAUUGUAGUAGGGAAUUUUGAGAGUCACAUGUACACAUUAUAGAAAUAAAUGCCUGGGUGAGUUCUGUAUAUAAAUACUGUUAUCCCCUAUCAUGAGAGAGUGUGCAGUGAGGGGAUGUUUAAUCCCUCUUGAUUUUAAUUUUCAUUUGACCAUUUAACAUGUAUAUCUUUAACUGUAUACUUUAAAUGUUUACAUCACUGAGCAUUAGAUAAAGUUUUAUUAAAAUUAUGUAAUCAGUAUUUUUGUAGAGUAAGUGUUUAUUUUAGAACCUCGAGAAAAGAAUAC